UCAUUAACGUCUUUGAUAUUUGGUUUAUCAUUCGGACUUUGUUGUGGCUUGAACUGAGUUAAUUUAAGCCUUGAGUGCGUUUGGAUAGGCACCAAACAACAAAAGUCAUCUCUUUCACGUACUAACCAACAUUUCUCUUUGUUGGAUGUUGCGCUUCGCUAUCGUUGCACGCGGGUUUUUGUCGUUGUCGUCUUGUUGUCGUGUUGAGAGUUUCAUAAUUUUUUAUUUUAUUUUUUAAAAUUUUCUAUGUAAAUUAUUUGUGAAUAAAAAAUCGAAUUCAAGCAAAGAGUAACGAAAUUAUUGCCAGUUCUAUCUACAAUCUCUUUUGUUCAAUUUCUGACAAAGAUUUAAAUAAGUAAGUUAGUACGCGCUGCAAAUACCUACUUUCGUGCAUCAAUUACGAGAUUCAAACAUUCUACAAAAUACUUAUCUGAAUAUUGUGAACGGAAAACUGUAACGACUCAGUGUGUACAUCUUGGUUCUUGAUAAUAAUUUUAUUCUUAAAUAAAUUAAGGAUUUGUCGUAGAUUUGACGACGCUACGAUCUGAUGUAAAUGUUAAGCUAACUAACAUCUUAAAUAAGUUUAAAAGUGCUUAAAAGUUUAGUGCAUACCUACCUACAAUCUUUCGAUAGCUUGUUGUUCUAAAAGAAAUUGUGAAAAGAGCAAAUAAAGGGACCACACUACUAUGCAUAUAACCACAGGCUUGAACGAAGAAACUCAAUUGACACCAGUGCAAGAUUUUUACUAUGGCACAAAUAUAUUCAUUACCGGUGGAACAGGGUUUCUAGGAAAAAUUUUGCUCAACAAACUAUUCACAUCAUGCCCUGGAGUUGAAAUGAUAUACAUUCUUAUCAGAAAAAAAAAGAGUAAAGAUAUUCACACAAGGGUCGAGGAGAUUUUUGAUGAUCCGAUUUUUAACUCAAUGAAGAAAACAACACCAAAAUUUCGACAUCGCUUCCAAGGCAUCGCCGGUGAUUGUUUGCUACCUGGAUUGGGCUUAAGUACAACUGACCGUCAAAUAUUAGUCAAUCAUGUAAACAUUGUGUUUCAUAUGGCUGCAACUGUGCGUUUUGAUGAAAAGCUUAAGAUUGCCAUGCAAAUUAAUGUUAAAGCCUGUCGUGACAUCAUGGUGUUGUGUAAUGAAAUGAAAAACCUCAAAAGUGUCAUACACGUCUCGACGGCCUACACACAAUGUCCCUUGAGAAAAAUUGAAGAAAAAUUUUAUCCGCCUCCAAGCGAUUCGAAAAAUAUGAUGCUUCUUAUGGAAUGUGCACCAGAAAGGCUAUUGGAAGGCUUAACACCCAUAUUAUUAGAUAAAUGGCCAAAUACAUAUACUUUUACAAAAGCUAUUGCUGAAGAUGUUGUCCGAUUAUAUGGUCAAAAAUUGCCCGUUGGAAUGUUUCGACCCGGAAUAGUUAUAUCUACGUAUCGUGAUCCUGUCUGUGGAUGGAUUGAUAAUUUUUACGGACCAACUGGAGCAAUAGCAGGCGCUGGUACUGGUGUCAUCCGAACGUUACGUUGUAAUCCUAGUGCUGUUGCUAAUAUGGUGCCAGUGGAUUUAUGUGUGAAUAGCAUAAUUGCAGCAUCUUGGGACGUUUCACAAAAGCAUAGUAAAAUAUCGCUAUCAAAUGACAUUCCUGUUUAUAACUUUUGUACAUCAAAAGAAAAUCAACUUACUUGGGGCGAUUUUACAACAAAAACAACCAAGUACGGUUUAAUGUAUCCAACAUUAAAGGCUCUCUGGUACUUAUGCUAUGCAAAUACACCAAAUAAAAUAAUGCAUAUAAUUUCAAUAUUAUUUCUGCAUUAUAUACCAGCUGUUAUAUUCGACACAGUAUCAGUUUGCAUAGGUAGAAAGCCAAGAUUACUACAUACUUAUAAGAAAAUCCAUAAGUUCAUGCAUGUGAUUGAAUAUUUUUCAAUGCGACAAUGGGAAUUUCAAAUUGACAACGUCCGAAGCUUGUGGAACCGAUUAUCAGACUGUGAUAAGGAAAUAUUUUUCUUUGAUAUGACACAAUUAGAUUGGGAUCAUUUUCUGCAGCAAUAUUUCAGAGGUAUAAGACAGUAUUUACUUCAUGACCCACUGGAAACGAUACCUGAGGCUUUGGUAAGAUGGAAUAGAUUAUACUGGCUCCAUCAAUGCCUUAAAUGUUUGGUAUUCGCAAUUGUGUUACAAUUUCUCUGGACGAUAUUUUCAAAAAUCUAUUUUUAAUAUCAAAUUUAAUAACAACAUAACCAACUGACGUUUGAAUAAUAAUAAGAUAGGUUUUCGGAUUUGUUUAUGUAAAAAAUAUCAACCAAAUUUAAUUAUAAUCAACAAUGAAAUUAAAAUAUGGAAGGUACUCGUAGAUAAUAAUUUAAAAUAUAUUUGUUAGCCAUUCACAAAAUUAUUCCAAAAAAUAGGAUACGAUAAAGUUAAAGAAUUUUAUUGUAACUUUAGUAAAGUGUGUUGUUAAUUUAAUUUAUAUAAGAC